AUGACCACGAUUAUCAACGAGUCGACGAUCCUACCGAAUGCUUCAACCACGAUACUAUGUGACGGAUAUCCCAGGAUCGAGGCCAACGUCACAUCCUACACCAACACCUAUACUCUUACAGCCCAGGCUUCGACGCGCACUUACGUACCGCCUCCUUGCAAUACAGGCUGCGUCACCUGCGAUAUUCCGUCGAAAGCAUGCACAAAGCUCUGGUCAUCCUACAAUGUCUGCACAGACCGCAGCGAGUGCCCAUACUCGCCCGCUUGUGAGCGUCCCACGAACACCAAAUGUACAGCUACUAGACGGCCAGCCUGUACAUUCACCGCUGGUCCAGUCCGUCUUGUUUACUUCCCAGUCGAGACCGCUGGUGACAGACUCUGCGGAAAUCACAGCGCCCUCACCCGACCUAGCAACACGACCACGCCGAGUCCAGUCACCACCAUUGAGGCCUACGGCACGACUUUCACUUCCGGGACCGCGUACAUCUCAUUCGCAGACUUGGCGGCCGUGGACCAAUGCGGCGCCACUACCGGAACUCCCAUGUCCAACUUCUUCCUCCCGUUGCCUUCAUCUGAGGUCAGCAGCAUGUGCGGCGGCGAGCUGAAUGCUUUCUUCCAAGGGCCUACCUCAACGCAACUGAACUUUGCCGAUCUAAUCCCUCCCAUCGCUACGGACAUCUACAAAUGCCAACCGCAGUGUUCCUGGGGUUUGCCGGACUCAUGGAAGCUUGCCUGUCCGGUAAUUUAUGAUGACUACAAGCCUAUGCUGGCAUAUCCGACUCAAGUUGCGCAAAUCCAGCCUGAAUGGGCGGACUGUGGGUUUAAUCCGGAUACGUAUAAGAGGUAUCAGAAAGAGCAGUAUUAUCUCUUUGAUCCGCCGAUCGCGUUGAGUCAGGCUGCUGAAGUGGUGAAGCCAACGGCGCCGAGCCCUGCGCAGACUGCGCAUAAGACCGAGAGUGCAGUCGUGCAGACUGGAAAGACUGCUCCGAGUGCUGAGGAGACUGUGGCUUCGACGCCGGUGGGUCCAAUUCCAUCCGACGUAGAGUCAGAUUCCAGCGAUCCAAAAGAGCAGGCACCUGAAGAUGAGCAACCAGAUGAGCAAGUUCAUACCGCUCCACAGGAACAGCAAUCCACGGGUGACGGCCAAGAGCCCCAUCAACAAGAAGGUAUUGGACAACCCCAAGCAUCAGAUAACGAAGAUGAAACCCCGGGUGUCGAGGCUGGACCGGCACCGGAACCAGCCCCCAUUGGCCCGAGCACAGCUUUAGGUCCACCUGAUCUCAGCGUCUUAGACGAAGCAUUGAGUAAGGCUCUGGAGGCAGCCACAGUCACUUUCGAUCAACCCCAAAAUCUCGAAAGUAGCUCAGGAGAUGCUUCAAUCCCGGUGCCAGAGCAAGAUGAGCCUCCAAACGAUGCAUUCGUUCCUGCUGGACUGAGUGUGCUGAACGAGGCACUGGACCCGGCACGUACGAGCGGUAUCUCGCCGGCAUCCGCAGGCGCUGGAACUGUGAGCUCCGUCCAGAACGAUGGACAAGCGCCGCCGGGAAGUGUCAUCGCAGUCCUCCCAGCUGCGCCAGCGGUGAUGACAGUGUCAAGGUCAGGCUUGGACGUCGUCGUCAAUGUUCAGAUCAUCGAAUCUGGAGCAUCUGCUACCAUUGAUGGGCAGAUGUUGUCUGUCAACUUGGAUGGCAGUGGAGUAGUCUUUGAUGGCUCGUCAACAGUAGUGCUUGCAGACGGUCUAGUCACUCGCGUUACAGCGGCGGCGCAAGAUCCAGUCACGGUGAUCCGGAUCGGAUCUGCAUAUUUCGCCGAUGGGCAGAUAUUGUCGCAUGGACAGGCCACGAACAUCGAUGGACAGAUCUUAUCUGUGCUCCCUGCUGGUGCAGAACUGGUCGUGGAUGGAACAACCUUGCUACCCAGUAGUUUCCAGACUGCAGUGACUGCAGCCCCAUUGGGCAGCGUGACGGUCUUUAGAUCUGGAUCAGAGUAUAUCGUCAAUGGGCAAACCUUCACCACGGAGGGCACGCUCGAUAUAGAUGGCGUGAUCGCAACUCUCCUACUGGGUGGUGAUGGCUUAGUCUACAGGACAAGCGCCCUGUCUCUCGCCCCGGGCGAUGCUACGACUCUUGCAACAGCGCAUGGUCCGUCUGAGUUCGAGAUCGCUCGCUCCGGAUCGAUAGUGGUGGUAGACGGCCACACGUUGUCUGCAGGUCAAGCCACAAUCAUCGGCGGCCAGAGUGUCUUGAACUUCGAAGGUGGCUCUGGCAUCGUGAUCGGAUCUAGGACGAUCUCACUGGCGGAUCAAGCUACAACGACUGUGAAGAUCGAUCGUGAAACCACAGCGACUUCCCUGGCCGAUGAUGGUGUCGUCACCACUCGGCCCAGCGUUACGCCUCAUACUGGAACGACUGCAAGCGCUAUAGCUUCAACGAGUUCUGGCGAUGGCAGUAGAUCGAGCAGAGACUGCGGAACUGUGAUACUGAUCGGGAUGAUGGCGCUGAUCGUGGUCAGCUGGUAA